AGACAACGGACAUUGUUCUCAAACUACAAUUCGAUUUUUGGCUGGAAUUUGUAAGAAAUGCAAAUUUUUUUAGUAAUUUUUUUCACAGCUACAACUAAAUGAUACACCCUAUACUUAAAUGCAGCUAGUACAACCGUACAUACUUACACAAAUGCAAACAUUUCAUAUUAAUUAUUUUUAUAUUAAUUAUAUAUGUGCAUUUACAUGUGUAAUCACUGUUUGCUCAAAUAACUCGUACAAUAAAGAUUUUCAUAUCAAAGCCAAUUAACUCAUAUCAGCUAAAAUUCAAGAGCCUUAUGCGCUUUACUGAUCCACAAGCAGCGCCAUCGACACAUAAAGCAGCCAGCGAACUCACGCAGCCGUUCAGUUGUAACGUUCGUAAGUAACGAGGUGGAGCUUAUCAAGACAGCGUAGGAAUUUCGAAAAGUUUCGCGAAGUUAACCAAAAAAAAAAACAAUAUUUAUGAAAAUAUAGCAAAAGAACACGGACACACGAAAAAAACUUUAUGGCCGCAAAAGUACGUUGCUGUGUAGUUGGCGCCGGUGCUGCCGGACUCUGUGCGCUCAAGUAUGCGCGCGAAUAUGGCAUGGAGGCGGUGGCGUAUGAGAAAUAUAACGAAAUCGGCGGCACCUGGGUAUGCACGGAGCAUGCGGCGGACGGCUGUGCCGCAGCGGAAGAUGUACACAGCAGCAUGUAUGAUGGAUUGCGAACCAAUUUGCCAAAGGAAGUAAUGAAUUUUCCUGACUUCCAAUUUCCAACGAAUAUGCGCGAAUCUUACAUACUGGCCAGUGACGUAUUGAAAUACUUUCAAUCUUAUGCCGAACACUUCCAACUACUACCACAUAUCAAGUUGAGGCAGGAAGUGAUACGCGUGCGGCCCUUACAGUGCAAAUGGGAGGUGUUAACGCUUGAUUUACAAAGCAACAUCUACACGACGGAGCAAUUUGAUUACAUUUUCAUAUGCAACGGCCGCUAUGCGACGCCCUCUUAUCCGAACACGCCGGGCAUUGGUCUUUUUAAUGGCCAUAAAAUACACAGUCAUGUCUUUCGCAGAGCAGACACAUUCAAAGCUGCCACCGUUCUUAUGGUAGGCGCAGGCCGUAGCGGUAUGGAUAUCACCCACCACAUUUACCCCUUUGCCGAACGUAUUUACCUAAGUCAUCAUCUCCAACAAAAGCCGCCAAUCACCGAUUUUAUGCCGAAUGUUGUGCAGAAGCCGGUUGUGGAACGCUACACGGAGAACGGCGCCGUAUUCAAGGAUGGCACGCAAGCCAACUUUACGCAUAUCAUCUUCUGUACCGGCUACGACCUGACGAUACCCUUCCUCAGCGCCGAUUGCAACCUGCAAGUGCACGACAAUUUAGUAUAUCCUCUCUACAAGCACUGCAUCAAUAUCUACCAUCCCACAAUGUGUUUCAUUGGUCUGCCAAUUUAUGCCUAUCCAAUACAAUUGUUCGACCUGCAAAUGCGUUUUGUCAUGCAAUACUAUAGCGGAAAACUGCAACUACCAAGUGCGAAGGAUAUGCUGGCCGAUACGGAGCGUGAUUUAGCAGAGCGCAGGGAGCGUGGCUUGCCGCGUAGGAAGGCGCAUUUAGUGGGCGAACGACAGUUCGAUUAUUAUGAUGAGCUGGUGGCAUUGACCGGAAUCGAGAAUAUUAGACCAGUGAUCAGAAAGCUAUCGAAAAUCUGUGGUGGUAAAUUUCUUUACGAUUUACAAAACUACCGCAAAACGGCAUUUAAGGUGAUAGACAAUGAGCAUUUUGUACAAUUUAAAUUAGGCGAAGUAUAAAAACAAUCACUGAAUACUUUACUUGAAAUAAAGAAACAACAAAACUCACAAAACUGAAAUUUUUUAAAAGAAUGUGUAACAUAAAUAUUAGAGCUCACAUCUUUUUCGAAGAAGGUAGACCAAAACUUUUUAUCUUCAACUCUAAUAGGCUCCUAGGAGUGUGGUUAAGCUGCGAAGGAUGUUCGUUUUGUGUGACAAAAUAAAAGCGUAUAGCUAAGUUAUCGAGAGAAGCGCGGCAAAGCAUUUAGCAUCAUACCAAAAAAAAAACGAAAGCACGGAGGUUCCAACAAUUUUUAAUAUUUCACUUUUCCAAAACCAUUUUGAGCUCCCACAACAUCAGAGAUAAAAAGAUGUCCAACUCAUAUUUUACUGAAAAUGAAUGAAUGAAAAAAGAGCAAUUGCUAAACGUCAAAACCUGCUGAACUCAGGCAACUGUCAAAGUUCAUGAGGUCUGACGUUAAGCAAUUGGAAACAGAGAAACGGCCAGGUGAAAUCCUACCAAACAAAUAUGUGAACAGAGAGAUUUGUUGUCGCUGUUGAAGAUCACUAACAAAAAUUGGAUAACAAUGAAAAUUAAAGGACAUGCAACAUACAAAUGGGAUAAAAUAGGAAGCAACGACUGAUUUAAAAGAAAAGGCACGAACGAACCUACAUUCUUAAAACGAUUAGGAUCUACUUAUAUAAGCAGCAACAGCAUAUUCUUAAACUGCUUUGAGAAUCUUUUUUUUACUCUUAUUUAACUCUCUUAAUAAUGCUUAUUCGAAACCAAUCUCACAAUUUUAAUUCCGCAAAGAACUACUAAUCUCUGUAUAAGACGAAUGAAGGAUUAUCUACAUAUUUUUAAUUUUAGUUGCACUACACAAACUUUAUUUAUUUUAACUAAGAUUAUGAUAACAGCGGCCAUAAAAACUAAGAUAAAUCUGCCGUUAAUAUGCUAAAAUCUUAUCAUUACUGUUAUUUAAACAGCAGUAAAGAGAAAGCAAACAAAGUCAGUCAAACUAAAAAUUAUUAAUCUAUUCACAUUUUAUAACCAAAUUUCAAAGUCAACUAGCUACGUCGUUAUUAAAGAGUAGAAAUUAAUAUUCUUAAGAGAACUCUUAAUUAUUUAUAAGCAAAACUAGUUUUAAAGGUGCCUAAUUUUAGUUCCGGUUUUCAAGUUCAACAAUUUUAAAUUGAAGCCACAUAUUUAUAGCAUAAUAUUUUAAAGUCUUGGUAACACAACUAAUACAAUAAAGAGAUAGGUAGAAAAUAUAUUUAAGAGCGUUAAAAGCAGUAUUUCUCUUACGCCACCGAGGCACUUCGGUAUCUAUGAUCACUUGCAUAUACAUAUAUAUGUAUGCAUUACCGAUAAGCUGCAGAAAUUGUGAGUUUUACGACAAAACUAGCAAAACAACGCUAACAAAUACGAAAGCAAGAGAGUGAUCAACGUUUAAUUUCAGUCAAAGACAACCACAUAUGUACGAGUAUAUAGACAACAAAGGUGGUGCGCUCAAUCGUCAAGAGACCGAGUAGAGUACUGAAUGUUGGAAGAUUCGCACGAUAAAUUCCAACAAUUCAUUUCGAAAUACAAGAAGAUGAGUUCCAAAAAGCGUGUUUGCAUAAUAGGAGCCGGUAUGGCAGGACUAACGGCACUAAAGAAUUCGCUGGAACACGAUUUGGAGGCAGUGGCGUACGAACGACAUACAGCGGUUGGCGGUACAUGGAUUUAUAUGGAACGUAAGGAAGGUGAAAGUGAAGAAGACGUGCAUAGUAGCAUGUAUCAGGGUUUACACACAAAUCUGCCUAAGGAAGUGAUGGGCUUUCCAGACUAUGAUUUCGAUACGAAUAUAGAAGAGUCUUUUAUCAGCUCGGAACUCGUGUUGGAGUAUUUACAGAAUUAUGCAGAGCACUUUGAAUUAACGCCGUAUAUCAAAUUGGAACAUGAGAUAAUAAGAGUGCGACCACGUAGCGUAGGUUGGGAGGUUAUCGUUCACGAUCUCAAAGGCGAUAAGUAUUUUGUUGAAUUUUUCGAUUUUGUUCUUGUUUGUAAUGGACACUUCACCACACCCAUGUAUCCGAAUACCGAGGGCCUUGAUACCUAUCAAGGCAAGCGCUUGCACAGUCAUCUCUAUCGGACACCCGAUAUUUUCAAAGGUCACAACGUAUUGGUUGUGGGUGGCGGUCCGAGUGGCAUCGAUAUUGUACAUCACAUCUACCAACAUGCUGAGCACGUUUAUUUCAGUCACCAUUUGGAGAGCGAACCACGUAUGGAUUUCAUGCCGAACGUUACGCAAAAGCCAGACAUUUUGCGUUUCACUGAAGAUGGCGCCAUUUUUAAAGAUGAAAGCAGCGCUGCCUUUUCAUUCGUGAUUUUCUGCACUGGCUAUAAGUACACUUUCCCUUUUCUGAGCGUUGACUGCGGUCUUAAUUUGGAUGUCAAUUGGAUAUAUCCACUCUAUAAGCACUGUUUGAAUAUCAAUAGACCAACAAUGGCCAUCAUUGGCUUGCCACAUCAAAUAUGUCCAGCACAACUUUUUGAUUUACAAGCACGCUUCGUGUUGGCCUUCUUUUCGGAACACAAGGCAUUACCUAGUCGUGCCGAUAUGCUAGCGGAAAUGGAGGCGGAUAUGCAGGAGCGGUGGGCGAAUGGUGUAUCGAAACGUAUGGCGCACAAAAUGGGCGUAAAACAGUUCGAUUACUACGAAGACUUGGCGGUUACAGCGGGCAUAGCGAAACUCAAACCUGUGAUUAGCAAAAUGAUGAAAGCAUGCUCUAGAAGAUAUAUUUUCGAAUUGGAUACGUAUCGUCUAAAACGAUAUAAAGUUCUGGAUGAUGAGAACUUCGUGCGAAUUGAUUAAUAGUGAAGCAUAAUGUAUAGAAUUAUGAAUAUGUUUACCUUAAGUAGGUCUGGAAUAAUGUCAUAUUUAGUAAAUUCAAGAAAAUACAUAUAUACAAACUUAAUAAUAAUUUAAUUUAGAAACCGCUUAAUCAGCUUUUUGACGAGUUUCGAAAAAAAAAUUUUAACUAAAGUAGAUACGAUGUUUUUCUAACUUUCGAAAUUAGUUAUUAAUCAAAAAUUUUCGUCUGAGUUUCGAAGAAAACUUCCAUUUUCUAAAGGAGAUAUGACAUGCUUCGAACUUUCGCAAGUUUCGAAAGAAAAAAUUGUAGCCAAGGUAGAUACGAUGUUUUUCGAACUUUCGAAAUUAGUUAUUAAUCAAAAUUUUCGUCUGAGUUUCGAAUAAAAAUUCCGUUUGCUAAAGGACUUUUGACCUUCUUUGAAUUCGAAAUUAGUAAUCAUUCACAAUUUUCGUUUAAGAUUGAUUUCAAAAAUUUAAAGCCGUUAAAAAUAAUGAAAGUAAAGGGUAAGAGCUUCUAAAUUUCAAAACAAAAAAAUGUCCUUACAUUAUAUAUUUAAAAAAUAAAACUGUGACCGCAUUAAUGUUGCACAACCCGGAAGUUGCGACGAUGAAAAAUACACAUCUUUCAAGUACGGCAUAAAUGUGUAGCAUAAACCAGUUAUUACUGACAAAACUACCGCUAAAACUAAAAGUAAUUAAAACACAAUUGAAUUUUUUGUUGGAAAUUAGAAAUUACACUUUAUUCAUUCUCUCAAGUAAUUGUUUGUUUGUUGGUUGACUUUUGAUGGUAAUUUGUUUGCUUAUCGUUCGUAAUACAAGUACAAUACAAAAUGUUCAUUUUUUGUUCUAAAAUAAUAAUAAAAUAUACUGCCGCUCUGCUGCUAACGCUAGCUACUGCAUCCGCUACUAUUUUGCUUUAUUACUCUGCUGCGACUGCCUUAUCAAUUCAACAAUGUUCGUAUGAUUCGCAGAUCUCCAACAAAGCAACACAACAAACGAAAAAUAAUGAUAAAAAAAAA